UUGCUACUAAAUAUUGUUAGUGGUAUUAUAAAAGUGGAAGCUACUGGAAACAACAGCAACCAAGCCACAAAGUGAGCAGGCAUAUCAGAUGCAGGGGUGGACUGACAACUCAUGGGGCCCCCGGGCAAUAGGGGAUCAUGGGGCCUCUGUGUCCUUGCCCAAACUUAAAAAAGCCUAUGAAAAAGGUACCAGGGGCAUCUCAUGGGGCCCCCUACUGACCCCGGGCCCUCAGGCAGUGCCCGAGUUUCCAAAUGGUCAGUCCGCCCCUGAUCAGAUGUAAU